AUGCCGAAACGCAAGAGCAAUGCCCUAGAGGCACUAGCAAACAAGCGCGCAAAGCUCGGCGCAGCCUCGAAGUUACUCGAGGAGUACUCCCUCAAGCCAAACACUUUACGAGACCGAGAGCGUACUGCCGCUAUAGACGAAGAAAAGAGGGCACAGGAUCGAUACCGCAAAGCGCGCAACGAAUCCUUCGCGCGAUUCAAAAAGGCACAAAUCAAGGAUACAAAGAAGCAGACUGGAAAGAGUGCAAUACUUCCUCCCGAUGAGCAGGCAAAGAUUGAUAAAGCCGACUGGUUUCUCGAACUCGGCGAUAUCGACUCUAAGGAACGAUUGACAUUCUAG